AUUAAAAAUAUUAAAUAUGAAUUAAAAAAAUAUAAAUAUUUCAUAUUUUCAUCAAACUACCACCCGCAAAAAUGUCACCACCGUCACUAUCUACCCUUAUCCCCUCCUCCACCACCACCAUCACCACCGUAUUCCCGCCAAAAUCACCACCACCGCCAUCACUUUCACACCUCAUUACCACCACCCGCAGAGUCGCUAUGACCAGCAUCAUUUUAACAUCCAUCUUCCCUUUCCUCUCUCAUCAACCUCCGCCUGCCACCGCAUUUUCACUCGGCAUUUCAGGACCAAAGGAUUGGUUAAGAGAUCAGAAGAAGAAAGCAGCCAAAUAUUUGUUAGCUCCAAUCGAUGCUUCUCGAAACACUCUUCAAGCUGCAUAUACAUUAAUCAGAAGUGGAAUAUCGCCGGAAAAAGAUUUGGAAGAGGUUCAACGAAUGCUUAUAUCGGCUUCAAGAGAUUGUAUUCCUAAGGAGAGGAAUUCCAUUGUUACUUUUCAAUCCAAUACUGGUGUUGAGGUGUGCACAUUUAAGUUGGUAUUAAAAAAUGCGGCUUCAUUGCUCGAUGACAAGGAUCCAACAAAGGUGGAGGCUGAGGCUAAGCUCAGUGAUCUAGAAAGGUCUUUUAGCUCUCUAAAUACCGUGGCAAAUGGUACUACUGCUCAGCUUGUAUCUGACAGACAGAAGGUGGCAGAUGCACUAAUAGAUACCAUAUCUACCCUCAACAAUUUUGAACAGAGUAUCAAAGAUUGUCUUGAGAUUUGACUAAUUCGCUUGAUUGUAUAUUAGUUCUUUAUAAUGUAAAAUUGCAAGAAUUUGUUUUAUCCAACUCACUUGAAUUUGUUGGUUUUAUUCUAUCCAGAAAGUAAAAUACCAAUAACCAUUUUCAUCA